AUGGAUUUGAAACCAAAUGUUAUGAGGAUAUUUCUUGACAAGUUCCACAUUCCUAAACUGAAUGUGCAGCAAAGGUAUGAAAUGCUGCAAUGGUUUGCUGCUGCAAUGCAACUGAAGUUAGAUGAGAAUGAUGAGCAGAUAAAGUUAAAUAAAAUUAAUAUUGACUUAGACAACACGUCCAGUUUAUCAACUUUAAGCAAUUAUUCAAAGGAUGUACUAAAAAAGAUUGCAUCUAAAACUGAGACAUUUGUCUAUGGCGAUCUAGAUACGCUUGUACACUUUGCUAUGAGAGAAUCAUAUUUGAAACAACACAAUGGCUACAGUCAGUUUCCACAAGAUCCUAAUUUACAGCUUUUGAAGGAAGAAGAUUUCAAUUCAGCAUUAGAAUCAAUCAGAAGUCUACAAAGUCAACAUUUGGAUGCCCCAAAAAUUCCUAAAGUAUAUUGGGAUGAUAUUGGAGGCUUAGAUAAACUUAAGAAGGAACUCCUAAAAACCAUUGAAUUUCCUAUCAAGUACCCACAUCUAUUCAAAAAUUCAACACUUAAACGAUCAGGUAUAUUAUUGUAUGGGCCACCUGGCUGUGGUAAGACAUUAGUAGCGAAAGCUGUUAGUACAGAAUUAAAUGUCAGCUUUCUAAGUGUGAAAGGGCCAGAGUUGCUCAACAUGUAUAUAGGUCAGUCAGAAGAAAAUGUCCGAAAAGUGUUCGAGUCGGCACGCGCUUCGUCGCCAUGCAUAGUGUUCUUGGACGAGCUGGACGCGCUGGCGCCUCGCCGCGGCGCUGCUGGGGACUCAGGCGGCGCCAGCGACCGCGUCGUCAGUCAGCUGCUAGCCGAAGUGGAUGGCGUCACCAGCGGGGAAGAUGCAGAUACAUCCAAUUUCGUAUUCAUAAUGGGCGCCACAAACCGUCCGGAUCUGUUAGAGCAGUCGCUACUUCGUCCUGGGCGUUUGGACAAACUUAUAUACGUAGGGCCGUAUACAGGAACGCAAGAGAAGACGUCGGUACUUAAAGCGCUAUGUAGAAGUUACAAAUUAAGGCCGGAAGUAAAUUUGAUGAAUGUGGCCGAAGCCUUGCCUGAGCGUUGUACGGGCGCCGACCUCAUGCAAGUUGUGUCCACUGCACGCUCAGCUGCGGUUCGUGGCCUGGUGGACAAAAUUAAAAGCGGUUCACUUAAAGAAAGUGAUCUGAGCCCUGACUCCGUGGUACUUGGCGUCUCGGAGUUGUGGCAAGGAGUUGAAUCUUUCCGUCCAUCCGUGACUGAAGGAGAGCUUGCAUAUUAUGAAUCACUACAAUAUCAAAUGUAA